AUGGAAGAAGCAGCAGACGGAAUAUUCCACAAGAUUCUCCCGCCGCGUCUCGAAGACGCCGGCCUCGAAGACUGUGCACUUCCUCCGGACUCAAUCAGAGAAGCUUUCCUCAAAGCCGCCUCCGCCGUCCGAUCUUCGCUCCUCUCCCAAUCCGACGACGAGGAUGACUCCACGUGUGUUCACAAUCCCUGGCCGAGCACCGGAGACUCGGCCGACGCGCUCGUCGGAAUAUUGUCUGAGAGUUCGCCGCCGGGGAGUUGCGCCGGGAGGAAAGGCGGCGAGGUUCCGGAAAAUCUGGGAGAUAAGGUUGUGGGAGGUGUGAGUGAUGAUGACGUUGCGAGUGUUGAUGAAGUUGUGGGAAUUGGUGAUGUGGAAGAAGGAGAGUGUUGUGUUGAAGAAUUGAAAGGUUUGGGGAUCGGAGAGAAGACGAAGAAGAAAGACGAUGCGAAGGAGCCCGAUAAGCCGGGUUUAACUGAAGGUUAUGCUUGA